AUGAAUGUAGUGGUGGGGUUUCCGCUGCCACCAACAAUUGUAUAUCCGCGAAACAGAGUUCCCAUUUCGAGAGCAAAGUCGAUUAAGUCAUCAUCGCCCAUGGAUCAGCCGAAGCGGGUAGUUGUCUGCGGCGGCGGAGUCAUAGGAGUUUGCACGGCUUACUUUCUGGGGGCGAAGGGAGCUGCCGUCACGCUCAUCGAGAUGUCCGACGUGGCGUGCGCCGCUUCUGGAAAAGCGGGCGGAUUCCUCGCCUACGAUUGGUGCGACGGAGGACCGUUGGAAGAGCUAGCACGCGUGAGCUUCAAUCUCCACCGUUCACUCUCGGAAGAACUAGACGGACCCCAAUCGUACGGUUACAGAGCCCUCACCGCACUGAGCCUGACCAUAAAGGAAUCCGAGGCUUCUACUUCUUCAAGCUUGCCCUCUUGGAUCAACGGGCCAGCACGAAGUCCUAAAACCAUUGGAACCCCCGAAACGACGGCGCAGGUGCACCCGCAGCUUUUCACUCGCACGCUCAUUGGUAGAGCCGUGGAGAAGUACGGGGUGAAGGUGGAGAUUGCGAAAUUGGAACGGUUGGAAGUGGAAGAAGGAGCAGUUGGAUCAGUGGUGGUGGAAGGAGGACGGGUGUUGGACGCGGACGCUGUGGUGUUGGCACUGGGCCCUUGGUCCAGUAAGUUGGUUUUGUUAUCAUCGCUGUUUAGAGUUUAUGGGGUUAAGGCCCAUAGCAUUGUUUUGGAGCCCAGAGAAGGAAGUUCCAUAACCCCGCAUGCUCUCUUUCUCAGUUAUUACUCCUCGAAGCGAGGAGAAGCUCUUGACCCUGAAGUGUACCCUCGCCCAACAGGGGAGGUGUAUGUGUGUGGGAUGUCGAAGGAGGAAGAGGUGCCGGAGGAUCCUGCGGAGAUAAGGGGAAACCCUGAAUCGAUUGCGAUGCUUAAGAGGGUGGCUAAGACUGUGUCAAGCCAUCUUGGGGAAGGAGAGGCAGAUGUGAAGGCAGAGCAAGCGUGCAUCUUGCCGUGCACCGAUGAUGGGGUACCGGUGAUAGGAGAGGUUCCAGGGGUGAAGGGGUGUUACGUUGCAACAGGGCACAAUUGUUGGGGUAUUCUCAAUGGUCCUGCCACUGGAGCUGCUGUUGCUGAGCUCGUUGUUGAUGGACAUUCCUGCAUUGUUGAUCUCAACCGCUUUAGUCCCGCCAGAUUCCUUAGGCGUCCAAAGCCUUAG